CUACUUCGUCUACGAUGACGUGUUGCGUUAUUUUUCCUAGAAAAUGACUCACUUAGCGACGAGUUUUAUGAGAUUUUUGUCUGUAUUAUUUGAUAGGGAAGGAGCGGUAGCAAAGCAACAGUGUACUUCUUCGUGAUUUUCGCCGUUGGUUUCAAUGGAAUGCGUUGUUUCAGUGUUUGACAGUAACCGGUAACGCCUGGACACUUCACGUACGGCGAGAGUGAAUUUCCAUCAAAUUAUUUUAUUUUUAACAUGUCGUCUCCAUUCAUUGGUAGUUGAAUUACAGUUUUUUCAUCGGUCAAGUGUUACGUUGCUUUUUCCAGUAUCGUAGUUCAUCUGCAUCGGGCAAUUUCAGUUAAAUCUGAUUUUUGGUGUACAAUCGCUUGACGCUUCGAAAAGUGAACAGAAAACAGAACUGAAGUGAAUGUGAAGUGGAAUCUUGUCAUUUGCAUUAGAAAUUGAAUUCAAAAUGGAAUCCAGCCACUUGCAAGAAACCCUUCCUGUUUUUCAUCACUCACCCCGGACAUUACAGGAGAUGGCUGCAACUAAAUGCGCGAUCGAUUGCUGGCGAAAUGUAAUAAUAAUGAAAAACUAUGACUCGGAUAAAAUUUGUAGUGACGAAUGGACAAGGAAGCACAGCUCAUUCAGUUGCGCUGAUAUUGCGCCAUUUCCAGUAGUUCCAGUAGGUGUCAUGUCUCUGAUCAAUCGUAAAAUACGACUGAUUGGAAAAGAGCUUAAAAAAUGGUGCCAUGAUCAUUUAUUCGUCAGAUUAUCUGCUGGAGUUACGGUGAAUUGCUUCGUAUUGAACCUAGCAGGCGAUAUUUGCUAUAAAAGAACAGCCAAGAAUUUACUAACUGCGAAUCUAACAUUCAGUUUAAUAGAACAAUUCGAAAUCGCGUGUAAAUACUGCUUCGAGGAAGAUGUCGAGCGUUUAUGGUUUCUAUUAAAGAACAACGAUUACAAUUUUUAUUACAUAUCAAGAGGUUUUGGCGCUGUAUCGUUGAACUUCGUCGGAGCCGUGGAUUAUUGGGUUUCGAAAAUGAGAGGCGAAUUGCGAGAAUUGUAUAAAAAAGCGAAUGAAGAGCAGGAAAGAUCGCCCGAAUGGUGUGUGCUUUCAAAUCGCGAACGUACGAAUAUUACCAACUGGGCACAAGUUGAAUAUUUCUGGCGUAAAUUGAACCGGGAAGAGCAAAGCUCCAUUGUACGCGAUGCUUCGUAUAAUCAACGAUUUAUGAAACAUCUGAUACAGAAAUUAGACGACGUGAUGCUGAGAAAUCUUUCAAGAUCUGACCUUAAUUCGGUAUUCGAAGAUCUCGCCAAGGAUGAAUUAUGCUAUGAAUCUGCGUUACAACUUUGGAGCUACGUGAAUGUGAAGAAUAUAAUCGUCGAAGAUAAAUCCUCGUUUUACGAAACUGUGGUAAGUUUAUCGGAAAUGGCGUUUCGAAAUCCAAAAUCUUAUGGUUUUCAUAUUUCGAGUUUACUUAAAGAAAUGUGGCUCUCUGCUUCAAUUGAUUUUAAGAGUUACGUCUUGAGUGAACCUGUUCAUUUUGAAGAAUUAUUCGAGCGGAGUUUACAGUACAUAAGUAUCCAAUCAUUCGGUUGCGAUGUUGGUUUCUUUAUUGAACUUUUAAGAUGUGCCAGUUUCGAAAUUAGGCGACAUAUUUGGCAACGUUGGUGGCGUAAAUUUUUUCUUCUCGGCCAAGUCUCAGAUGUACUGGAAUUAAUGAAGGUAUGUUUCAAGAAUGCAGACGAUAUUGUCCAGUUUAAAAAAAAUUCCAUGUUGGAUUACGACGAAUUGCGUGAUAUUUUCACGAAAUUCGUCGAGUGGGGAUUUUAUGAUAAAUUAACCGAGUAUUUGAAAUUUUGUUGUUCCGAUGAGCACGAUGAAAAACUGGUACGUUAUAUAAGAAGAAAAUUCGCCUUUGCAAAUUUCGAUCCGGAUUAGGUAUUCGAAGUGAUUCGGAGCCGGUUUUUUGUAAGUUUUUGCGGUUUUUCUACGAUUCUGUCUCGUCAGCAGAUUUAACCGAGCUGCUAAAUUGGGAGUUUCGAGAUAAAGAAGCAAAUCUGUUAUGUACAAGUUUUUCAUGGAUUGUCGGGAUACUCCUGCUGUGAAAUAUCGUAAUUCUCGCAAGCAUGUUUUCAAUUCGAUUGAUUCUCUGUUAAGGAGGUACUUUGGAGGUAAUGAAGAUCCGACUAUUUCUGGGCAAGUUGAAAAAUUACGAGAAUAGUAUGGCUAUUCAAGUUUUGUUAUGUAUGGAAAACUAUCAAAUUCUUGGAGAUGUUUUGCUUUGGUUUUUCGAUAAUAAGAAAUGCGAAUUGAAAAAUUUUCUCGUCCAUUUCGGUAAAGAGUAUUAAAUUUCGACGGAACUUUGGAAUGUAAUUAAAAGUCUUGAUUUAUAAGAUGAGCUCACUAUAUUAGAUUAGUUCUUUAUUUUUUUACGUUUGUAAUUUUUUCACCUUUUCUACAUAAUAUAUCUAUUUUCAAGUUUUUGUAUAUUUUAGUUUUGUUUUUAGUUUUCAAAAUAAUUUUUGUAAUGAUGGUGAGUUUUCAAUGAAUCAUUAAUACAUACGUACCUAUUUAUACCUUCAUUUUCAGUUGCAUUUACGAUAAUACAUUUAUGUACUAUGAUGUGAUUCGUGAUGUUGUUUUCUUUUUUUGUGUAAUCUAUUGCACAAAUGAUUGCUAACGAUGAACUGAUAGGUGGUCUGAUUAUCGGAGCAUGUGUAGCGAAUUUCCCACGAGGUCAAAACAUUACUAUCGGAGUUGAACGGUACUCGAAUGUCGAAUUUCGAAUUCUUUAAAGUACUACAGUCUUCCUAGUUCCUUCCCUACCCAAUUCCAUGCUAAAUUAAGUGUGAUGAUUAGGGGUAGGAUUUUGAAGCGCUAUCAAACACGUUUUAAGCACUAUAAAAAAGCAAUAAAAAUGUAAGAAAAAAACA